UCAAAACCUCUCUCCCUCUUCUUCUCUCUCACUCUCGCACAAAAAUCCCUCCGCUUCCUAAUUUCCCACACUUUCUUGCCUUUUCUCGGCAACCAACCAACCGCCUUCUCCCUCCAAAAUAUCCGAGAUGGCCAAGGGCGGGAAGCUGACGAAGAUCAAGUCGGUCCUGAAGAAGUGGAACUCGUUCGGGAAGCCGAACCGCCCGAGCGUGAACUCCGUGGCCUCCGCCGACGACGACGAAGAAAACGGCGUCGUGUCAAGAGAUCUCCACCCGGUCUACGUCGGAAAGUCACGGAGGCGGUACCUCGUCGGAUCGGAGGUCGUCGACCACCCGCUCUUCCGCGAGCUCGUCGAGAGGUCGUCCGGCGACUCCGGCGACGACACCGUCAGCGUCGCCUGCGAGGUCGUCUUGUUCGAACACUUGCUUUGGAUGCUCGAGAAUGCCGAUCCGCAACCGGAAUCCUUGGACGAGCUCGUCGAGUUCUACGCUUGCUGAGAAUAAGUAAAAGUAAUUUCCAUAUAUAAAUUUGGAUCGUAUAUAUUUAUAUAUAUGUUUCUAUAUAAUUCCAUAGCUAUAUAUAUGAAUUUGUGUAUGAAAUUGUAACUGUCCGUACGAUGAUCACUAGAAUAAUAGUGAUGGUGGUUCUUGGAGGUCGUCCAAUCGGUGUAAAAGUUGUACAUUCUUGAUCAAGAGAUUCAAUAAUGGCUGGCAUAAUAGGAAUAUUUCAGAUCGUUUCCUCUUUUACUAGAGAGAGAAAGUGAGAGAGAGAGAGAGAGAGAGUGAGAGAAGAGGGGUUUAUUAGUUUUCUUCUGAUUGAUAAAGGCGUUAUUUGAGUGAGUACAUCGGACGGUGAGGGUUAAGUCGUGCUUAAAUCUUGGCUUGAUUGAUGAUCUGACGGCCAGCUGAUGGAGAUUUGUCUCUUUACUUUCUUUGUUCUUUGUUCUUUGUUCAUUACAACUUUCAAGCUUUAUUAAUUUACUGUUUUGUCACCGAAUGAGCUAUCUUUUCAAUUGCUUUUGUUAUCUUUCACUUCAUAUAUAUAUUUUUUCCGUUCGUGUUUUCUUC